AUGAUCAAGGGUUACUGGCACAUGUUGACAAUAUCCCUGUUUGCAUUCAGCUCAUUGUGGAAUGCACGUGGCAAGAGAGAACGUCUGUGCGAAUUGCUCUUUGAAAAAUAUCAGAUCUUCCCAGAUUUCAUCUUCAGGUCAAAAAUCAUUCUUGAUGUAAAUUCAUGUCCAGCUUUCUUCCUGGUUAAAUCUGCAGUGUUGGCAGCAUUUGCCAAUGGAAGAUCUACCGGGCUUGUGCUUGACUCUGGGGCCACACAUACAUCUGCAGUGCCAGUUCACGAUGGAUAUGUUCUGCAGCAUGCCAUUGUGAAGUCGCCUUUAGGGGGAGAUUUUCUCCUCAAUCAGGCAAACAGUUACCUGGUGGAGUCUGGCGUAGACCUCAUCCCACCAUACAUGAUUACAGACAAGCAGGUGGUAAAGGAAGGUGACCGACCCAAGUGGACAAAGAAAAACAAUUUGUCUGAGGUUACCACUUGGCACAACUACAUGAAGAGAGAGGUAGUCAGAGAUUUUCAGCAGACGAUGCUCCACUGCUCAGAGUCACCCUAUGAGGAAGAAGCCAUCAACAGCAUCCCCACAGAGCCCUACGAGUUUCCUACCGGUUAUAAUAUGGAAUAUGGCACAGAGCGUUACCGGAUCACAGAGAGCCUGUUUGACCCCAGCUACAUCAAGGGUGUGGGCUCAACUAUGCUGGGAAUGUCACAUGUCGUGUCCACCAGCAUAGGUCUAUGUGACAUUGACCUCCGGCCCAGCCUUUACUCUGGGGUCAUCGUAACAGGCGGGAACUCUCUUCUUAAUGGCUUUGUGGAGCGCCUAAACCGUGACUUGUCGAGUCGAACACCACCAAACAUGAGGUUUAAGCUGAUCUCGGCAACAGGCUCAACAGAGAGGAGGUUUGGCUCAUGGAUUGGAGGUUCCAUCCUGGCCUCCCUAGGCUCCUUCCAGCAGAUGUGGGUGAGCAAGCAGGAAUAUGAGGAGUCUGGCAAAUCACAGGUGGACCGAAAAUGUCCGUAAAAAAGUGCAGCAAAAACAAAGACAACUAUUUUUUUUUUAUUAGACUGACUUUCUAUUAAGUGGAAGUGAAUGAAUGUGUAUGUGACUUUUACAGAAACUACUUUAAAACGCCUGGAUUUUUUUUUUUUUUUUUUUUUUUUUUUUUUUUUUUUUCAUUAUUAUUAUUAUUAUUAUUAUUAUUAUUAUUAUUAUUCAUGUGUUAGUGUGGCUGAAAUACAAAGUACAACAAAAAUUAUGCUACUCUUAUUAGUGUUACUAUAAAAGUAUUUCUGCUUGUGAAAAUGUCUUAAAUUAAUUGUUUACACAUUGAUAUUUUAUUUUGCCGUAUUUUAUUGUACUUUUUUAUUACAUCAGUGAGUCAUAUCUUUGUAUUUAGGCAUGGUAAAUAUAAGUAAAUUAGUGAAAAA